UUUCAUUUCUCACACUUCGUGACAGCGCGCAGCUUAUGCUAGCGUUGGUUGCAAGUGUGGAGCGCUUUAAGGUGGUCACAUUCGAACGUUUCAUCUUUAUCUGCCGGAAAGGAGCAGCCCAAAUCAAAGGUGGUGAAAGUUUAUCCAACAUACAAAUCAGCAUUCAGAUGCGAUAGAAAUUAUGGCGACUAAAAUACUGAAGCCCAAGACGAAGAAGGGCGAGCGAGUGCUCGCAAAGCGAGCUCCGAAGCUGGAUGAGAACCCAAAGAACGCACUCCUGCUGUUUGGGGGUAAAACCAGCGCUGUAAUCAAGAACGUGAUUUCAGAGCUGUACACGCUGAAAAGGUUCGAAGAGCAGGCCAAAAAGCUGACACGCAACAAUGAGAACAUCCGGCCGUUUGAGGGGGGCAUGGAGCAACCGCUUGAGCGGCUCGCGCAGCAACACGAUUGCAGUAUGUUCGCAUUUGCCUCCCACUCCAAGAAGCGGCCGCACAACCUCGUGCUUGGCAGGAUGUUCGACCACCAUCUCUACGACAUGGUCGAGCUCGGGGUGGACCGCUUUCGUAGCCUGAAGGAGUUCCCAAAGGUGGCGUCGCAAGUCAUGGCGGGCUCAAAGCCGUGCUUCGCGUUCGCGGGGCAGGAGUUCGAGACGAAACCCGAGUACAAGCUACUGAAAAACAUCCUCCUAGACUUCUUCCGGGGAACGGUCGUCAAAACAGUAAAUCUGAGGGGUCUGGAUCGAGUCUACGUGGUCGUAGCAGCGGCCGGCAAAGUGCGGAUACGUCACUGCGUCAUCAAACUGAAAAAGUCGGGUAGUACAGUGCCGCGGAUAGAGCUGGAAGAGAUGGGCCCCUCCAUGGACCUGACCGUCCGGAGACAUCGGCCGCCGUCUGACGAUCUCAGUCGGGAAGCGCUCAAAAUGGCGCCCAAGCCCACCAAAAAGAAGGUCAAGAACACGGCGAUGGACUCUUUGGCGGGCAAGGUCGGGCGGAUCUACAUGCCCAAGCAGGAGGUGGACAAGCUGGGGCUGUCCAAAAUGAAGGGUCUGAAGAGGGAGCGGCGAGACGUGGCAGCGGAAAAGUCGCGGAAUGUGAAUGGGGGGGUCAGUGUCAGGCAGGGAAAGCCCCCUCGACUAGAAGAGAAGCCGUCAGCAAAAAGACGACGGAUAAGAGAGGACCCUAUUCGGUAGACGGAACGAACCUCUCGGAAGGUUUCUCGAUCCUCAUUUCAAAAGGAGCUCACUUGUCUCAUGUUUCUCUGACUUAUUCAGGCUGUUCCCAUGUCUUGGCGGUUUGAUUGCGCUUUUUUGCAUCGUGCAUACUGUAUCGGGUUGGAGAUCGUUUCGAAGUGAACGUUGUGUGUAUGCUCAGGAACCUUACCAUGUCGAAGUUGAGUAGCUUUGUGAACUUUGUUUAUCGAAUGAUAGGUUGCACGAACUUCCUACUUUAGGGUUUGUAUGGGAAUACCGUCGCUGCUACUUACUACAUGACGUUUGUUUUCUAAUCAAUUCUUGUGCAGGCCAG